CAGAUAGGAUUUCUCUGUUUAGAUAAAUAAGUUUAUGUUUGUCUGCAUUCUAUUCACAUUAUUCAUUGCCAUCUUUGCUUUUGUCACUUGCCUUCAACCCAUAUUAUCUAUCUACUCCUCACCUCCUCCAAUGAUCUUUACACUUUCCAUUUUUGGACAUCUAAAAAUCAACUUCACACUUUGAAACCCCUUUAACUGUGCAGGUAAAAUGGGAGAAAGUAGGCCAUCUUUGGAUUGGGACACGCGGUUACGGAUAGCCGUAGGGGCAGCGCGGGGCGUGGCCCGAGUUCAUGCCGAGGCUGGCCCAAAGCUGCUGCUAGCCCAUGGGAACAUAAAGUCCACAAACAUCUUCCUCAACUCGAAGCACUACGGGUGCAUAUCCGACGUGGGCCUGUCGUCCAUAACGACCCCGUUGGGCCCACCCGUGGCCCGCGCUGCCGGGUACCGGGCCCCGGAAAUGUCCGACACCCGCAAGCCAACGCACCCUUCGGACGUCUACAGCUUCGGGGUGCUCUUGCUCGAGCUCCUCACCGGGAAGUCCCCCGUGCACGCGACCGCCGGGGACGAAAUCGUCCAUUUGGUUCGGUGGGUCCACUCGGUGGUCCGCGAGGAGUGGACCGCGGAGGUGUUCGAUGUGCAGCUCUUGCGGGUCCCGGGGAUAGAGGAGGAAAUGGUGGAGAUGCUGCGGAUCGCGCUGUCGUGCGUGGCGAGGACGCCGAAUCAGCGGCCGAAAAUGGUGGAAGUGGUGAAAAUGGUGGAGAAUAUCAGGCAUUUGGAGAAGAGGCAAUCUUCUUGAAAUGAGAAUGCCAUUGGAACUCACCAUUGUUAGUUGCUAUGAAAGAUUUUUUUAUGCAUUGGUGUGGUCAAUGGAAGCUCUAAACCACUUGUUAAGUUGGAUUUUGAAAGUUAACAAUUAAUGAAUGGAAAAAUUUCUUAUGCACUAGGGAAUAUGAUGCUCCCUAUUCUCACCACUAAACAAUAUUCAAAUAAAAUCUGAGACAAAAGAAAGUCGCAUUUGUAUAUGUUAAGAAAAUGUGAAAUCGUUU